UUAAUACGUUACAGGGUACAGUCUAAUAAAACCAAUUAGAAGAAACUUAUUUACUUUAGGAAUCUAGAAUAUUCUUCGGAAAUUUUAAGUAAUUUCAGAUUUUCUUUGGACAAUCCUAUUACGAUUCAGUGAUAAACGCAAUGGUAAACACUGAACGUGUUACACAAUUAGUACGAUAAUUUUUACAAUGGCCCCCCGUAAAUGAUAUAUUUCCUUUUUUAUAUAACUCAACGUGGAAAAUUACUAAAGUGAUUUUAAUAAAUUUUCUUCCUGUUAUUAAAGAUUAAAUGAUUCAGUUUAAAGAAAUUUAUACAAUAAUAUUAUUUGUACACGUUCAAAGACGCAAUACUCGCGCACCGUUUCAGCAGAAGAAAUCCUCGAGAAUGUAGUUCAUCGCGUAAGGAACACGUGAAGAAAAAACGAAUUUAUUAAAAAAAUGCGAAAGGAAAAUAUAUUGAUAUGAUACUGAAACAGGGAAAUUAAAUAGUAAAAUAGUUUUUAUUUCCAUGGGAAUUUUGAGCUUCCCGAAUUCACGAGUCGAACAUUGCAGUUGACACUACUGUGCCGAUAUAUUCGAGAAUUCGAGUCAAUGCCGAAGUUAACCUUGUUCUUGGCCUAGUUUGUCGGUAACGAUGCAGGGGAGCAAGCUCGAUAUUUCCAAGGGAUGAUACGCGGAUAAUGGAACGAAUUCUUGUCGCGAGGCGGUUCUGCACAUGUUUUUUUACCCAGUUUCGUCGAAACUGUUCCAUGUUCGUAGACUUAGUCCCGAUUAAACGACGCGACGUACAGCGACGUAAAAAUGUGAACAUCGUGUGUAAAUAUCCUGUAACGUUAAUUGCACGACGCAACCAAACAUUUUAUGGAUUGUAAAAGUUCUUGGAUAAUUUAUUACGAACGUACACGAGCGUGGUUUUUCCUGCGUGCAUGCUAUUUCACGCGCGACGAUUACGUUUACUUAAAUAUCUGAAGUCGCGUAUUUUACAAGGUUAACUCACGAGCACAUGACAGAUCAUCAACUUUCCCGCCGAUUUUCGAAACGUCAUGAUCGCGGUAUUUCCUCCAACAUUGUGUAAUAAUUGAGUUUUUAGUUAUCGAAAGUUCGAAUUUGAAUAUUAUUUAAUAUAAUAAAGCCUACAGAAUUUUUCAAUGGCUAGAUAAGUUUAAUGUAUUUCUACCAGCGUAUGAAUUUAAUGGUAGUGUUUGCUAGAAACUAGUUUGGAAUACUGAUUAUUUAUUCGAUUGGGCACAAAGCGCAUAUUGAUAUUAUUCAUGCAGUUUUACGUAGAUAUGAUAGACAAAAGUAAAAGCUGCAGAGGGUUAGUAUAUUGGUUAAUGUUAAGGUGAAUACAUUUAGAGAUGGCAAUCGGAAGUAUUAUCUGUGGAGCCAGUACUCCUAGAAUGAAGAGAAAAAAGGCAAAGGCAACUGAACGUAGUUGGAUAGAAGCAACUUUUCAAAAAAGGGAAUGCUCGAAAUUUAUUCCAAGUGCUAAAGAUGAGCACAGGUGUUGCUGUGGUCAUUCUUAUACUCAUCACUGUGGAACUGGAGCAGAUAUUAAAAGUUAUACCGCUAGUAAUACCAAAGAAAAAGAUCGGGAACAAUGGUCUCCAAGCAAGAAUACGCGGUCGCUUCCAACCGAUGCGUAUGGUACAAUUGAGUUUCAAGGUGGGCCACAUCCAACAAAGGCACAGUAUGUUAGAUUAGCUCAUGAUACAAGACCAGAGCCAAUAGUACAGCUGCUAUGUAGAGAAUGGAACUUGGGAUUACCUAAGUUACUUAUCACUGUGCACGGUGGUCGUUCUAACUUUGAACUUCAGGCUAGCUUAAAGAAGGUCUUACGGAAAGGCUUGCUGAAAGCUGCAAAGACAACGGGUGCAUGGAUAUUCACUGGAGGAACUAACACAGGUGUCACGAGGCAAGUCGGUGAUGCGUUGCUUCUAGAAAAAUCCCAAAGGCAAGGACGUGUUGUGAGCAUAGGUAUAGCACCAUGGGGAAUUUUAGAUAAAAGCCAUGAACUUGUGAGCCGAGGAGGUGAAGUGCCAUACGAUUGUCUUUCAUCUCCAUGGUCCAAGUAUGCGGUUCUAAACAAUCGACAUGCAUAUUUUUUAUUGGUGGAUAACGGUACUGGCGACCGGUAUGGUGCAGAAAUUGUGUUGCGUAGAAAAUUAGAAAAGUAUAUUUCCAAUCUGAAACUGCAACCAUACACGCAUAGCAGCAUUCCUGUCGUGGCAUUAGUCAUCGAAGGAGGAACAAACACGAUACGUUCAGUUUUAGAAUAUGUGACGGACGAUCCACCGGUUCCAGUUGUAAUUUGCGAUGGCUCAGGACGUGCGGCUGAUCUCAUCGCUUUUAUGCACAAGUAUGCGUCCGAAGGUGACGGAGAAGGUGGAGAAAGUGAGGGUCUAUUGGAGAGCAUGAGGAAACAAGUUUUGGGUACAAUCGAGCGCACUUUUAAAGUUUCUUCUGACCAGGCGUGUCAACUGUAUUCUGAACUACUGCAGUGCACGCGUAAAAAGCACUUGAUAACAGUGUUCAGGAUAACACAGGAUCGACCGCAAGAGCUGGACCAAACAAUUUUGACAGCCUUGUUUAAAUCUAAACAGUUAUCUCCUGCUGAACAAUUGUCUUUAUCUUUAAUUUGGAAUAGGGUAGAUAUAGCGCGAAGCGAAAUAUUUGUUUACGGGCAAAAAUGGCCGCCAGGUGCACUAGAACAAGCAAUGAUGCAAGCUCUGCAGCACGAUAGAAUUGAUUUUGUUAAGCUUCUACUAGAGAAUGGCGUCUCUAUGCGGAAAUUUUUGUCGAUACCUCGUCUGGAAGAAUUAUACAAUACCAAAGAAGGCCCUGCAAACACUUUGGGUUAUAUUUUGCGCGACGUCAGGCCAAAUAUUCCACGCGGUUACAUGUACACUCUGCACGACAUUGGCUUGGUAAUUAAUAAAUUGAUGGGUGGAGCGUAUCGCUCCCAGUAUACUCGCAGAAAAUUCCGAGAGAUCUAUACCACAGUGAUGAAGAGAUCAGGAGCUCAUCAGCAACAUAUGCAUCGGAACAGUUGUGCGUGGGGUAGUGCCACCCGUUAUUAUUCAGGUUCAAGUAGCAAGCAGGAGAGUUCAACGAUAAGUCUUCUCGCAGAGACUGUACCCGCGAAUCGUGACACUACUCUGUUCGCCUACCCUUUCAAUGAACUGCUCACCUGGGCCGUUUUAACGAAACGACAACAAAUGGCGUUAUUGAUGUGGCAGCACGGAGAGGAGGCAUUGGCGAAAGCGCUUGUAGCCCUGAAAUUGUAUAAAGCCAUGGCGCACGAAGCAGCCGAGGACGAUCUUGAAACAGAAAUCUACGACGAGUUACGCAGUUGUGGAAAGGAGUUUGAAAAUAUUGCGUUGGAAUUGCUGGACUAUUGUUACCGUCAGGAUGACGAUCAAACGCAGCAGCUAUUAACUUCCGAACUGCAAAACUGGUCUGGUCAGACGUGUCUCUCUUUAGCAGUUACAGCCAAUCAUCGGCCACUUUUGGCGCACCCGUGCAGUCAAAUUAUUUUAGCUGAUUUGUGGAUGGGUGGCCUUCGCACAAGGAAAAAUACGAAUCUUAAGGUUGUUCUCGGUCUUGUUUGUCCCUUAUAUAUUACUCGUUUGGAGUUUAAAAGUCGAGAAGAGUUACAGCUGAUGCCACAGACCCAAGAAGAGCAUCUGAUUGCUCUCGAGGAUGAAAAAGAGGACAGUGAUUCCGAGCACGGUGUGCCAACCGGUCCAGACGUUGAGAAACGUCAGCGCAGGAGCCUGAGCGUACGCAACAAAUCCAGUAGCCAACAAGGCGCUAAGUUAUCGUCAAGGAAAACUUCUGUUUAUUCAGUAUCGGAAUCCGUACCGGCUUUGAUCAGCAACGAACACACCACAACAGUAGUGAAGGAAACGAUUGUACAAGAAAAUGGGAAGGUACUGACCGACAAUGACGAUGUCGGGAUUCAUCGUGCUUAUGGCAUCCAUUCUGACUAUUAUGACAUCAAGAAUAGCAGACCAUUGCGGCUAAGGAAGAAGUUGUAUGAAUUUUAUACAGCUCCCAUCACAAAGUUUUGGGCAAAUGCUAUAGCAUACAUCAUUUUCCUGCUUCUCUUUUCAUACUGCAUCCUCAUACACAUGGAGUACCAUCCCUCGCUGGCAGAGAUUUAUGCAAUUGCGUAUAUUUGCACGCUGGGCUGCGAGAAGGUUCGCGAAAUCGCUACGUCGGAGCCAGCCACUCUUUCCCAUAAAUUCAGCGUGUGGGCGUGGAACAUGUGGAACCCUUGCGACGCAGCUGCCAUCAUUUUUUUCCAAAUUGGCCUGGCCUUGCGUUUGAGACAUUCCACUCUGGAUGUCGGUCGCGUCAUCUACUGUGUCGACUGCAUUUAUUGGUACUUACGGAUACUUAACAUCCUUGGUGUAAACAAGUAUUUCGGUCCUUUGGUUACCAUGAUGGGAAAAAUGGUAAAGAACAUGAUCUACUUCGUGGUGUUGUUGUUGGUUGUACUGAUGAGUUUUGGAGUGACACGGCAGGCUAUUCUGAACCCCAACGCUGAGCCGAAAUUAAAGAUCAUUCGAGACAUAUUUAUGGAGCCGUAUUUUAUGUUGUACGGAGAAGUGUACGCGGACAACAUUGAUCCAGACUGCGGGGACGAGCCGGGAAUGAUACCGUGUCUUCCAGGCCGCUGGAUCACGCCUGCUGUAAUGUCCAUUUAUCUUUUAAUCGCGAACAUACUGAUGAUCAAUCUACUGAUCGCGGUCUUUAAUAAUAUUUUCAACGAGGUAAACGCGGUGGCGCACCAGGUUUGGAAGUUCCAACGUUUUACCGUUGUCAUGGAGUACGAGCAGAAACCUGUUUUACCUCCUCCGCUCAUUGUAGUUUGUCACAUAUAUCUGCUGGUGAAAUAUGUGCUGCGAUAUGUGACUCAAGGGAAAGCGAGUACGGGUGAAACGUACGACAACGGACUUAAGUUGUUCCUAGAAGCCGACGACAUGCAGCGCCUAUACGAUUUCGAAGAGGACUGCGUCGAGGGAUACUUCCGCGAGCAAGAGUUGAAGCUGCAGAUGUCCACGGAGGAGCGCGUCAAGAUAACGACGGAAAGAGUGGAGAACAUGCAUCAGAAGAUAGAGGACAUCGACAAAAAGGAGCACACCCAGAACGCUUCGCUCCAGACAGUAGAAUUUCGAAUCCGCAAGCUGGAGGAGCUGAACGAGCAGACUCUGGCCCAUCUCGGAGUGAUCCACCGGUUCAUGGCAACGCACAUGCCCACCAUUGAAACGAUGUCCAGCUUCGACACGGAAGGUCGCCAGCGCAGAGUGUCGGAGCGGUCGGAGGUCCUCUCGGAAACGGAUUCCCAUACGCAGCUGCCCACCAUAGCGGCGAAGCGUAAGAGGCUGGUUCGCUCGCUGACCGACGGGACUUUCCUGAACAUCGGCCAGCCGAUGGACGACGAGUUGCUGAAGCACUCGGACAUCGUUGCUUCCCGCGAGAAUCUCAGUAGAAACGAUUCCUCCGUCAGCGGAGACGGAAACACUGCUCAAGAUGAUCUGAAAACAACGACCAGCCAGGAGACCGAGGUGAGCAAAGCGGACGGAGCAGGGGAGGCGUUGAAGAAAGAGUCGCAGUCCGAUAGCAGGGAGGCCAGCGGGGAGCAGAGCAGAGACCAAAGCAGGGAGCUCAGCAGAGAGCCCAGCAGCCGAGAGCCGAGCACGGAUCCCAGCAGGCAGACCAGCAGAGAACUCAGCAGGGACACGAGCAGAGAUGCGACCAGCAAGGAGCCGAGCAGAGAAGCGAGCAGCGAAGCUCCGGCCUCGGAGCCGGCUAGGCAGGACUCCGUGGAACGUCCGACGAGACAGAACAGUAGGACGCGUUCCGAGUCGGACGACGUCAUGAUCUUCCCCUCCGGAGUCGCCAGAGGCGUCACUUGGGCGGAGCCGCGCGUCGCGGUGAUUCCCUCGGUGUCCUCGACCAGCACGCAGAGGUCGAUCCUUCUGGCCAUGCGUGCAGAGUACACGAGCAUCACGGAUGAACUGGAAAGUUACUGCGGCCUUCUCAGUCCACCUAGAACACCGCCCAUUUCUCCGCCGCCGUCCAGAGUGAGGCACCACUCGGAAAUGUCGAACGCAGAGAUGGCCUGGCAAAUCGAGAACGAACACCUACGCGACGCCGAGGAGUGCGACUACCAGCAAAUGGAAGAUCUGAUACAGAGGAGGUACAUAGGAGACGACGACGAAGCCUUGCACACCUCGGACGAGGCGAGCGGCGGGCCGUUUUUCAUAUCAAACGAGCACAGGCAUCAGCUUCGCAGAGCGUCCGCCAUCGACGAGGAGUCGUCCCGGAGGCCACCGCCCACCAUCAGUGUCACCAGGGAGAUCGAACAGACGCUUUCACGACCGCCGAUUCGCGACUCCGAGAGUUCCGAUCCGAACGACAAAAACCUGAGUACCGUACCUGCUCCAGCUUCGGAGACUAUGUGCUAAAUUGUCGGCGCGCUUCUCGCUAGUCGGUAAUUUUCGAAUCGGGUGUCCGAUCUCGAUUGCGACACGGCGCGAAUCUGUUUGGAAUUAUAUCUAGUAUCGUGCAACCGUACAAGUUCUAAUUAGAUUUAAUCCCGUUUUAAACGAGGCUUCGAACGAGCUAGUACUUUGUACGUUGAAUAAGUGAACGGAUCGAAAUGCGCAUAGCUGAAGAUACUACGUGUUUUACUAUACAAACGUAUUUAAACAAAGAUAGUCUACAUUUUUCACCGCUCAUUUAUUCUUGAAUAUAGUGUUAGGCUUAGAUUUUAAAGAUCGUUACUCGACAACGUUUAGCUGGAAUUUUUUCUAGAUACAGAUUCUUCGCUCGAGCGCGACUAGCCCGAAUUAUUUUACUUUACUCGGCACGUUGUGUAUAUAUAUAUAUAUGUAUGUAUACAACUCACAGAAAUAUGUAUAUACACGAUUCGACGAUCAUUGUACUUGAUAAUGUUACAAUUAACUCGGGUAUUCAGAUGUUGUAUAUUGCAAUUUAUUUCCCCAUUUGAAUACUGCAUUUGUAUGUAUAAAACGAUUCGAUGUUUUUAUCAAUUUUACAGAAUACCGAUGACUUGUACAAAAUAUUGUUCAAUUUGUCUUUUACGCACAUCGUAUAUACAAUUUUAUUGAUUAUUUAUUAUAUAACGCUCUAGACAAUUAUACAUGUAUUUAAUUCCUACGAUACGCUUUCGAAUACUCGAAGAAAUUGAGCUAAUAUUAUGUAAUACCAUUCUCUAUGUACGCUCAUUAGGCUGUAUUGUACUUUUUCAAUCUUUAGCUGUGUAAAGUCUGCGAUAAAACAAUUAUCUUUUUUGCGUAUGUACACCGCGGUAUUGCGUGCUAAUUUCUGCAUACGUCAACUCUGCAGCUACGCGGUACUUCUGUACAUAAUGCAACGAACAGCCAGUACGUAGAAAGCGUCGUUUGCGAUCAUAAACGAGUAGCACAAAUUAAUCGAAGAUGACUAGAAAGCUAUUUACACAUCCUUGGUUCGUUCAGUUUGAUCAGUCCUGAAUGAAACUUCCAGAUUCUUAUACAAUCGGCGUGAAUGCGUUACUUGUAGUUAAUUGCUAUUUAAUCCACUAACCACAAGCGAUCAUAGAAUCCGCGGAAAGAAGUCUCAAAGCAUUUUUAAUCUGUAUUUAUCACUUUACUGGAUAGAGUAAACGUGAACUAUGAUUUUUUACAGACACAGAUUCGUCUGAAUUGUCCAACGAAAGGAGAACGUACAGCAAAGCGUACUGGCUUUAGGUGCAAUUUUUAUUUUAGCGAAUCUGUAGAUAUCACGAGAGAUCGUUUUGAUCUCGUAACAAGAUCACAGAGUCUUAGUGUAAAUAAUUUCGUGGCCGUACGCGUUACGGAACGAUACAUGCGCGACAUGCGUGUGUCGUCUGUUCAGGAUUAAACGAAAGACACGAGACAGAGCCAGGCGACUCCGAAGAACAGACGAUACGUGUAUACGGGGACACCCUGUAUACUCGCAGCUUAAAUUCUCAUUUAGACACGUGCGAAUAGCUUAGAUCUCUGCAUUCACACAUGACACACGCUUCGAUUCGAAUUGAACAGCAAGCUUCGCCGAUUCGUUCCGCCGACUCCACGGAAAUGUAAAAGCCGUCCUCCGGUAGGUUCACGGGGUCAUUCCAUUAGACUACGAAUGAAGUUCGCCGAAGUGUCGUAGGUGUGAAGUUCACCGUGCGGAAUUCAUUUUAUAUAUACGCGCGAAAUUUCUCGAGCAACUUGCGCGUUUUUAACCAGUUAACUGUGGAAUUUAGUUGGGAAAACCUAUCGUUCUGCGCGCAAUGAAAUAAAAUGGCGCGUGCAGGCUCAUGUAACUUUGAAAUGACAUAUCAGUUCAUUGGCAUCUUGUUGAUUUAUUUCAUUCUGCGCUCAGAGUAGUGAAUAAAAUUAAGUAAUCAGUUAAACUUUCACUUAAAAUCACUUAAACUUUCAUACACUCAGGCGUAAGUUAACUUGGAAGUUACAAAAUGUAUUCGUUCGAUGAAAUUAUUGAAAGUAUUGAAUACAUUGUUAAUUUGUGGUCAUACGUGGGUAUUUAUUAAUUUUGUACUGCAUAGAUUCUGUUAUAAUUGUGAACAAAAAUUCGGCCCAUAGAGGGUUAAUGAAAGGUCAAAGCGAAACAAAGAAGAGUUACGUUUACGUGAGAAAAUAAAGAAUUCAUCGCUGAAAGAAUUAGUAUCAAGCUUUACGAUGACGUGUAUACUCGUCGAACACAGUUAACUGGUUAAGAAUCGUUCGUGCAACCGUAGAUUACGCGAGACACGAGGAAUCACGAGGACACAUCUAAUUGGAGUAGAAAUCUUGAGUCAAACCGCAACCGUAUACAGGGUGUUCCGCCUCGAACACCUUAAGUCUGAAGUGUUCCCUGCACGUGGAAUAUUCGAACACGAUUCAGUCUAAAAUAUUUGAUGGCUACGUCAACGGCAACGUAUUGCAGGCUUCCAUUCGCUGAUGAGAAGCUGUUGACCUGUUCCUUAUAGAAAUAUAACUCUUUAACCCUUUACGGACGGACGUCGGCGUUUUGGUAAGACGAAAUCGUAUUUAGAAGACUACCUCGCGAGCAAAUCAGAACGUAGCUUCCUUUCUUCCAUUAACACGUUCACGCCGUGUACCACCGGUGGCUCACAGUAAGAUAUCACAUUAGACAAUUACCACUGAUGGCUCGUUAGACGUGUAGCAUGAAAUACGUGGCUCGUCGAAUGGUUUGGUAAUUAGAAAACAUUGCCAUAUAGUUGAGAAUUAGUUCACUUAUUGAUCAUUUCAAUAUUUCGAUCAAUUUUGAGAAUUUAAGAUAAUUACGAAAUUACACGGCGUGAACGUGUUCAAUCGAUCAUUUAGCUUCAUACGUUGAAGGUUCCGUAUGUUUAAGAACCCUCGUCCGCAAAGGGUUAACACCGUGAAGUACAUGGCAAGUUCAACCACCUGUGUUCAAAGCCAUUCAGAACGAUUAGGAGUCACGCGAAACGGUCCAGACGAAAUUCGAUUGGAACUCCAGCGAACGAAGCGUUUGACGCGAGAACAUUUGGUUGGACACCCUGUAUUGGCCCCGUUCAACUUAGAAUCACGACGGAUUUCCAUUCGAACAACGACUGAUUCGCAAAGGCACGAGCGUGUCGAUCCGUUGCCGUUUCAGAACGCGAACGCCUGUUGUACAAAGAAACUAGCAGGCGAAUAGACGAGUUCAGACUUACAGUUAGCCUAGAACGAGCUCGGCGCGGACGUCCGAGGAAUUUUAAGUUGAACGGGCGAUACGAACGAGUAUACCGAUCAUCGACGAGCGAUUCGCACGCGUCUAUUGUGUCAGUACUGCCGAACGUUUUUACUAAACUUUUCACAUGCAGAGUGUAAAUAAAUAUAUUUGUCCUCUUGAAAUUCACCGACGAAACUCGGACGACAGAAGCGCAACGACUCGACGGAUAUGUUAACGAUCUCUCGCUCUUACAGUUUACGACGAAGGGAAACGAUAGUUCCUCAUCGACAUUGCGUCCGUGGAACGGUGCACGUUGGAACGACGAACGGGAAUUCGGAUCUCGAGUCUUCGGAAUCACGACAAAUACGUUUCUUUUUACACCCUGUAUAUUUAGGGCCUUAUCCACGCACCACUUACUGCGUCGAACACGGAAUUCUACGGACCAUAUAAAAAGCGAACCAUAUCACGCGGAUACGUUCCAGAGAACAACGCCAAAUCCGUGGUAGGAUCUACGAUGCAUCGUGAUUCGGAAGCAGAACGAACGUUUGAUAUACACGUCCGAAGGCGGAUCGAGGCGAAUCACUUAGACUGCGAAUUUCAUGCGGAUACAUAUCCUUGGUUCUCACGGUCGAAAUACGGUCGAACGUUUCGUGACGUUGACGAGUGCGACUUGUUUCCUUUGAUUGAAAUUCUUCGAACCGUCUGUAUUUACAUAACGUUCGCAGUCUAAUGAUCAACAGUGUACAUUGUUCGUCUAACGUUAAAGAUAAACCGAGCGGUAGAUGGUUCUCUAAUUGAACUGUUAAUUGAUGACAUUUGCGUAGACGAUGGUCGCAUCGUUGCAAGUAUAUAUAGAGGUAGUUAACGGUUUGGUCUUCGAGUUAUCUUUAACGUGUAAACGAACAAUGAAGCCCAAACGAAUGCCUAAUUGUAUAAAAUUGUGUGUAUAGGGGGUAGCUUAAAUCUUAACUCUUAAAUCUUAAGGCGAGAAAGCAGUAGACGCAUUUAAGACUGUUCGAAAGGAGAUGAUGCUUCUUCACGUUGUCACUGCAAAACCGGCGAAUAACGAGCGUGCGCGAAUGAUCGCUGUUCACGGUCGGCCCGUUGCGUUUUGCGGUGAGAAUCAUUCGAGUACACUUUUAACACAUUGAGCGCCGGCCCUGCAAUAAUGCGGGUUUCUGGAUUUCCAUUUCUGGGUUUGACGAAUAAUUAAAAUGUACUAUUUCACGAAAAUGUAUGUUUUGAAUAUUUUUUUUGGCUACUCAUCGAUCAGAUAAAAGCGAACGAAGCCUCAGGCUUUAACACGUUCUGAAUGACUAAAAAACAAUCAUAACAUACAAGACAACCGAUGCGAAAUAAAAAUGUUUAAUAAAGCAACUAAAUUGAUAAUGGUGUAACGCAAACGUUGCAACGCCAAACAAUUCAUAAGUAUUCCUACUUUUCUUUGUUACAAAAGACAAACUCUAUGGGAAAACGCUUAAGAUUUUAAGUGGCGCUUAACGUGUUAAAUGUCUCUUAAAUCGCCGGCGCUCAAUGUGUUAAGACGUGAACGAUUUCGAUCGAAUCGGUUGCCGAAGAAAAUUACUCGAUCCGAUCUCUCGAAUGCCCCUGAAUCCGAUGUAACCGGCAUUCGAGUCGAAACAUUCGCAUUAGAAGAGUAACUCGGGUAAGUUGGUUCGCUGCGCACCGAAACAUUCGUGCGGGAUGAUUUGAAACAACGAAUCGGAAUAAUAUUCGUAAAGGUCGUCGUGUAGAUUGUAAUCGCUCCAUGAGUCGACUAUUACUUAGAGAGUUCGAAUAACGUUUCGCGCUAGCUUUGAUCACUUGUUAUCUCGUUGGCAGGCCGCGACGAGUACUCCGCGGCUAGAGAGCGCCUCGUCGACAUCGAUUCCGCCGCUACUGUCGCUGAACUGUCCUUAGAUUUUGUACCUGUAACCGCAUCGAAUGGUACAAACACGAAACUUGCUCAACAUUUUCAAGCAUAAUACAGGCACGUGCAUAAUGUGCGAACCAUGCAGCGAACGUUUCUACUUAACACGUUAAACGCCACGCCGGUCCCUUUGGGUUCAUAUUACACGACCGCGCGUGUCGGUCCUUACGCACUGAUGUGAGACUAAAUAUUUUCCUUAGGCGACAUCGGUUUUUGUUCACUCAAGGCUUGAAAAAAAAGAAUAUAAUAUUUAAAGAAAGUUAAUGUAGUUUAUUAAAACAGGGUAAAGAGAGGUGUGGUUUGCUUUUACAUUCAUUGCAGAAGGUGCUAACUUUUUGUGUUAAAUUCUUUGCCACCUUUGAACCUGAUAUUCGGGAAUUAUUAUUAUAGCAUUGAGAAAACUCCGCUCCUCAAGCCGAUAUUUCGGCUCGUCCGUCAGUGGCGACGGCCGCGUCUGGGCCUGAACGGAACGACAAGCAAGUCGGGCUGGGCACUUAACGUGUUAACCGGUCACAAGAAACUUAAGUUACCUAAUUUCCGUUGUAUAAAGAACCUGGUAUGUGUUUCGUGAUUCUCGGAAAUGGCACACGCUGCUUGGAAAGGUGACGCAUUUUCCUUCCACCGUUUACAACGAAAGAAACUUCUCCAGCCGCUGACAUCGGUUCCGACGCAGAAUCAACCCUUUGCACUCGAGAAUAUUUUUCUCAAUAAAUAUUCAUUAUUUUCUGAUUAAAUGUCGAUGGUAUGUUUUACAACUAACAUAGAGAAAUACCUUGUAUAAAUUAAGUGACAGAACUAGUUUAUAUCGAUGUUCCAUGUGUCGAUACAUUAUAUAAAAUUUGAUCAUUUUGUUCGGUCAAAUCAAAUGGCGAUUGAAAGGCGUUAACCCUUUGCACUCUAAAUGAUUAGACACAGCGACACUGUAAAGUUUGAUGUUUAACACUUGGCCAACCGAGGUGGUUCUUUUGUUGUUUAGUGAGUCUUGAACUGGGAUUAUUUGCAGUUCAUCAAAUACGGUUCUUGUUUUUACAAAAUUUCUAACUGAAUUCAUUGAAUGAGUUCAAUUGAAUAUAAUGGAAGAGGUAGUUAUAAUAUUUUUUAAGCGGUCGCCUAAGUGUUAAUUAAACUUUGUAUAACGUAUCAAUUAUGGAAUAUCGCAAGAAAAUAGUUUCCUUCCUCGGUGCAACUUCUCGUCAAUCUCAAAAAAUAUUAUCUGCAUCUCAUCAGAAGAUUGAAUAUUUCCAGUAGAAAAACUUCUGCAGUGCAAAGGGUUGAAAGUUGCAUACCAAAGACUGUUCUGCGAGGAUUUCAUUUCCAUCCUAAAGAGUAGUAUCAUUGGUGAAAGUCAGAAACGGAUUGUAAGAAAUGCAAUGCCUUCCCGUUACACGAUACCUUGUCGCAUGUACCAUAAGUUUCGUCGCGAUUUCAUUCCUCCGGUAGCUCCGAGGUUUGCGUGAGGAGUAAUUUACAUGUAACGAACCUAAAUGGCAAGAUACAAAAAUGAAACGAAUCAGAUUCGGUAACGAGAGUCCGAUGCAAUGGAAAUUUAGUUAAGUCGACGUUGUUUAACAAUGUUCCUCCGCGUCAUUACCAGCCUUCAAGAAGAUCUCUGAAACACAAGUAGAAUUUCUAUGCAGCGAGGAGAAAAGUAUGCAUACGCGAACUUCUGUGGUAAACCAUGAAGCUAUAGGUUGUUAGGUGAAACGUUUUUACCAGACUAUUCCAGAAAAGUUUCGUUUAACCCGAUUAUUUCUAAAUGACUAAUGACUUUCAAUCUCUUCAGUAUUCUCUUCUUAUAUAUAUAUAUAUUUAUAUAUAUAU